AUGACUUCACCGUCUGACAUCGAGAACCUAACGCAGGUGGACCUCACGGAUAAGGAUGAAGGCGAGAUCAUCGGCUAUGCAGAUCCUUGGAUCGCUUCGCCUGGCGAAAUGGUCGCAGUCAAGGUCUCUAGUACUGCACCGAAAUUUACAUGGUCGCUCGCAAGGGUUAUUCAAGGUUUUGAGCAUUCCAACGCUCCAGACGUCAAGUAUGAGACAUUGAUCAGCCCGCCUCCUGAAACUAUCCCAGGGUCCUACAAAAAGGCAAUUUGCGGGUCGUUUGCUGUGGUCAAGUCCUGGGAAAGAUACUUGCGUAAGAACAUCAUCGGUCUGCGGCUCAGCUGCUAUAUUCAGCCUUGGUUACCGGAGGCGGGUCACCAACAAACAUUAAUAUCGACCUUGGACGUUGAUAAUUCUUCAGGGAUUGCCGUCUAUCUCGGUGCCUCUGGCGCUCUCGGAUUUUAUGUUGGAAAUGGAACCUCAGUUGAGCAGGUCGACACCGAAAUCCGUUUACGGCGCUGGAAAUGGGCGGAGCUACAUCUCUUUGUCUUAAACGAUAACCUCAGUAUUGAAAUUCGGCAUUUGGAAAGACUCACAGAGGUAGCUCCUAGUCCCUCUCACUACUCUCACAGAAUGGGAUCUCCCGUUCAGCUUCACGGCAAUAAGCCCCUGACGAUGGCUGCCGGGUACUUCUUCGACGCGAAAACACCGGCACCCCACGCCGCCAAUGUCUUCAACGGUCGCCUGGACUCUCCGCAAAUACACAUCACCCGCGAUGGGCUUGCGUACACGACUUGGGCCAAGUUCGACUUUGCCCUGGACAUGUCUAGCGACCGAAUCAUAGACACCUCAGGCAAUGCCAAUCAUGGUGACUUAAUCAAUGCCCCCACAAGAGCAGUCAAGGGGUACGACUGGGACGGCUCGGAGUCAGACUGGACGAAAGCUCGAUACGGCUACGGCGCGAUCCAUUUCCAUGACGACGAUUUAGACGAUGUUGCAUGGGCCACCGACUUCAGUUUCGAAGUCCCAACGGACGCAUUGUCGGGAGCAUAUGCAGUGGUCGUGGAGUCCGUCGACCAUUCCGAGCACAUAUCGGACCACAUCAUAUUUUUUGUCCGUCCCGGUCUCGGCAGCCCUACGGACGAUUCAGGGCCAAAAGCAGCAAUCGUGCUGUCAACCUUUACGUAUCUCGCCUACGCAAAUGAGCGGAUGUACGACCAAGCCCGAGCAUCUCGUAUUAGUAUUGCUGGUGGGAUACAGGUGCAGAAGGACCCCUUGUGGCGCUGCAUGGCCCGGCGUACAGACUUAGGUUGCUCCGUCUAUGAUGACCACAACGACGGAUCUGGCUGCGUGUUCAGCACUGCAAAGCGGCCCAUUCUCAAUAUCCGCCCAGGUUAUGUCAACUGGGCAUUUCAUCGUCCCCGUGAGUUCAGUGCCGACCAGCUGAUGAUAGGCUUCUUGGAAGAGAAGCUUGGCCGCGGUCGAUACGAUGUCCUCACGGACCAUGAUCUCCAUACCUACGGCGCUACCGCUCUCAAUAGGUACAGAGUCGUUGUGACAGGAUCCCAUCCUGAGUAUCCGACUCUGGAGGUGCUCAACGCUUAUACUGCGUUCGCGAGGAACGGCGGUCAUCUCAUGUAUCUUGGUGGAAACGGAUUUUACUGGUGUUCGGUGCUGGACUCUCGCCGGCCACACCGCCUCGAGGUUCGCAAAGGAGACCAGGGUUGUCGCUCUACCGAGCUGCCGGCUGGUGAGCGAAUUCACGCAUUGAAUGGAGCUCAAGGCGGACUAUGGAGAAGUAGGGGUCGGACGCCGCAGUCGCUGUUUGGGGUAGGCAGUUGUGCCUGCGGUAUCGGGCCCGGCGUAGCUUUUCGAAUCCUAGAACAAGUCACCCUCUCUUCAGGCCCAGCCUGGUCAUGGCUUCUUGAUGGUUUGAAGCCGGAGACUAAGGACGAAUAUGAAAAGUCUGUUGAAGGUUUUCUCAUUGGCACCAAAGGCUUCGGCGGCGGGGCAUCGGGAGACGAGAUUGACAGGAUGGAUCUUCGCCUCGGCACACCCAUCAACACGGUCCUCUUGGCAAGCAGUACUGGGCACGAUGACUCCUUUGGCGUCUUCAACGAGGAGGUGAUGUUCCCGAUGGUAGACACGGUUGGCACGAAGUGCGACAAGGUGCGUAGCGACAUGGUCGUCUAUGAAACCAGUGGCGGCGGCAGCGUCUUCAGCGUCGGAAGCAUCAACUGGUACUGUUCGCUAGGCUGGGACAAGUACGACAAUAAUGUGGCAAGAAUUACGUGGAAUGUCCUAAAAGAGUUUAUGCGCAGGGGAAAUGAGAGAUUCAAUCAUCAAUGA